GUACUUUCUCUGCAGUAGAGCCUAGUAUCGGAUUAUUGAAUCUGAGUCAUAAGCUCCUCUGAUGUUCUACUGGAAAGGUACACGUUUCCAUAUCAUUAUAAAGAAUACAAAUCCUGUUUAAUCAACAGAGAAAUAUACAUGGUGGUUUGUACUGAAUUCUAGCAAAUACAUUCUGCACCAAUGUACUGUACAGCACUAUGUACUAAAUCAUUGUUCUCUUCUGUUUAAUUCUUACAAAAUCAGAUGCCUUUGACAGCCUUGUUUUCCCUGACACUUUCUCCCCCACCCCUUCCUUACACCGUGAGGGUUAAAUAAUCCUCAUCACCCAGUCCUUUUUGUCUGCAGCUUAUCCAACAAGAGGUAGUCGCUGGGAGGGAGCCAAGCAGCACCUAUAUCCCUCACCUGGAAGAGACAGGGAGUGAGGGUGUGGUACAGGAGAGGGAGGGGGCUGUUAUUUAAACAGUAGGACAAGGGAAGGUUCAGGCCACUUGAGCACCUGUUCAGCAUACAAGAUGCAGAGAACAGCUUUAAUACUGCCGUACAUUGCUAUAGCAGUAACAGCAGUGCUUUCCCUCCCAGCACCUCCCUCUCUCCCAAAAUUCAACCUGCACACAAGGGCAAAGAGAUGUUCCUGCAAUACAUGGAUGGAUAAGGAGUGUGUGUACUUCUGUCACCUGGAUAUUAUAUGGGUAAACACUGGAGGACAAACCCUUCCUUAUGGGCUAGGGAACCCACCAAGGCGUCGUAAGAGAACAACAUCCCGCUGUCAAUGUGAGAAUAAGGGAGACAGAGUAUGUGAAACCUUCUGCCACCAAGAAGCAAGGGACGUUGUUGACAAUAAAUCAAGAGCGGUCAAUAUAGAUCUGCUACAAAAACACUUCCGAAAAGUGAAGAAAUCGCAAGUCAACUUCUUACAUAUUUGGCGAGACAUCUCAGCAUUGGGCAACCUAAAAACCAACCAUGGCUCUAACCCUUCCUCACUGUUUCUGGACUCCAUGAGUUGGAAGAAGAAGAGAUAGAUUAUGAAAAUAGAGGCAGCGAGAGGCAGAGAGUAAAAAGCCUUUAAAUAAUAGAGGCGUAAAUAAAGCUCCAAAUAUUCAGGAGGAGGGUUCUUCCGUUUUUUGGUUUCCCAGAUGGAGCUAUAUUCCAUAACCAAAGGCUGUUCAGCCAUACUUGUCAAGGGUGAAGCAACUUUUUUUCAUGACCCUGAAGACUUUGACAUGCAGAACACUUGUGCAUUUACUCAGAAAAGGGUUAUGAUAAAGUUGAUGGAAUAAGGAAUAUCAAGCUUUUUGUCGUGUGUUCCCUUUGCUUUGAAGAGAUCCCCAUCUAGAACAAUACCGGAUUAAAAGAGCUAAUACGUGACUGGAAUUUUUACAAAUUAAGAGACAUAUGAAAGCAGUGGAUCAAGGGAAAAUAUGAAAUGUCUGCACACAGAAAAAAGCUAAUUACUAUUGAAAGUGCUUGAGAAAGACAAACAACAUCACAAUGUCCCAAAAAUGAGAAAAGACGUUUUUUUCGGUAUGUAACUGUUAAGACAUUAUUCUCAUUUAUAUGAUGCGAGGAAAGGCAAUGUGAUGUGCAGCUACAGAAAACUGAGGUAGCAGCUCUUAUUCUUCUAUAACAGACAUUUGUCUAAUGGUCACCAAUAGUGGAAAAAUUACACCAUUCAGUAGGUGGCAUCUUCUGUACAAUCAAAGGUCUUGAAUAGAAAUGGUUCAGAUAACAGUUUUUUUGUGAUAUAAAGUAUGUUUGUAAACUACUAUGAUUUCUUUGUUAUACAUUUACUAUGAAACAAUCAUGAAGGGUGGGUUACCAAUGAAAAUUGUCUUUGUAAAAACUGGAGAAGAUAGCUAAUAGAGCUGGAAGCAAUGCAAGGCUCUCUUUACUGACUCUUUUGAUUACUGACUCCAGUUUCAUGAAGGGCAAGACUCCACAGAGCGACUUACUUGCCCGCGAUAGAUAGCUGCUAUGGUGGGCGAGUACCUGCUCCGAAAAGGGUUUCCACCAGCAACAAUUGAAGUCGCCGGUGGAAAGCCCUUUGCAUCACUCCGGUUUGCUUGCAGGAGAAAAUUCCACACAACUUUGGAAACCAAAGUUAUGCAAAGGGAUUUUCACUGGCGACUUCUGUUGUUGCCGAUGAAAACCCUUUUCGGAGUGGGUGCUUGCCCACGAUAGCAGCAAUCUAUCGGGGUUGAGUAAGUUGCUCCGUGGGUGCUUGCCCUUAAUUUUUCUGAAUAGAACUGAAAACAGGUCAUAUCCUCUCAGUAUCUCAGUGUGAAGAAAGUGUGGAAGAUUAUGAAGUAUGAUGAAGAUUGAUGUUCUCCUCCUCUCAUCAUUCUCUCAGGGCAGGGGUACAUGGGGAGAUUAGUUGCCCAGCGACAAAUCUUUGUUGUUGCGGGGACUAAUCUCCCCGCAAUGCCAUCCCACCGGCUAGAAUGUAAAUCGCCGGUGGGAUGGCAUACAUGUCCUGCAGUUGCCCGAAGUUUCCUCUCAAGGCUAAUCUCCCCAUGUACCCCUGCCCAUAGGUUCCAAAGGUUAGUGGUCCUAAGAAACGGGCCACUCCUGAAAGCUUAAUACCCUUCUCCCAGCGUUUACUGGAGUAGUAUUUACAGUACUUAGUUAGUUGCAUUGUCUGGCAAGUUCCUCAUGCAGCAGCUCUGAUAAGAGAUUGAGAAUGAACAUAUCAGUACCUGGGGACACCCAAGAAUCAUAAUUUGCUGAAAAAGAAAUGAUAGCUGAGGUGCCAUGUAUGUGAUUGUUAGAAAUACUGGCAGUUGGAGAAGAUAAACUUGUCACACGUGGAUGGCAUGACUAUUGGAUGUUGGGGACAGAGAUCGCUCACUGCACUCCGCUACAACACUCUUUCAACUAUAGAACUUCUGAUAAGAUAUCAGGGUGAUGGCUUAGAAGGGAUGUCUCCAUCUGGCCCUUUUAAGUACAACUGCCAUUAAUGCUGGAGUAGUUUCAGUUCCUGGUUUUAUUUUGCCAUUACAAUUUUUGUUUUCAGAAAUGUGAUGGAAUUUUUAAAUGGGGAGCUAAACCUUAAAAUGCAGGAUAUUGCAUUCUGUGAGAGUCCCACACCACCGGAGCAGAUUAGGCACACGUAUGAGUUAUCUUUCAUGAAAAAAAAACUGGUGUAAGACUUUGGAAACCCUAUACCCAUGAGCCUCUGCCUCUAAGGGAUAUGGUCCUGGGGCAAGAUGCAAUUCUUACAUAAGACCUGUUAGUAAUAAAAUCUCCUUUUAAUCAUUUGAUAUAUGAUUAAUGAUUCUUUAGAAAUACCUUAUAAUUUCUGUAGUAAUUAUUGUUCUAUAAGGAUAAUAUUGAGACUGUUUGUUUGAUUUGUGGGUAAGGCCUUUAUGUGAGCUUAGAAAAUGAUUACAUAUUUAGCUUCUCCCAAUAAGUCAAGUCAUCUUUUAUUUUCAUCAUAUUUGCAUAUAAAAAAAUCCAAAAUUACAAAUUAAAGGCCCAUCCAAAAAAAGAAAAAUAAGUACAUUAGCAUUUGGAUUCUGUACAUUUCUAAUAUAAUAUAUUGUUACCUUCCAGUGUGAUAUUUUGUUUGCAUCCAUAUAUUUUGACUGGGAAAAAAACCUUUUUACUCUAAACUUACAGUGCAUACUAUAAUAAAAUACCUUUACUACAGGUUAUCGCUUUCAAACAAUACAAUAAAAUGCCAUUUUACGCCAAAA